AGUCUGAGUGUUAGCAUUUACUGGACACAACGAAGGAACAAAAAUAAAGAAAUGUACUUUAGGCUAAUAUUUAAGACUAUUUGUUCCCAAUAAUCCACAAUGGUCUCCCAUGUUAGGAGCCAAAAGCUGUUUUAAAUGGGACCCAAACACAAAUAGUAGCAUCGAAACAUCAGUGGUGGCGUUUGUAUCACAAUCCGCACCAAAUUAGAAUGAUGGAUAAUUAUGAAAAAAUAACACGUUCAUAAAAGUAGAAGUACUAAUUCAAGUGCUUCACUUGUGAAGUAAAUUUAGUACAAACUGACAUUUACAUAAGUACAAAUGUAAAUAUUGAGUUACAUACAGUGGGGCAAAAACCUAUUUACUCAGCCACCAAUUGUGCACUUACAAAGAGGAGAUUAGUGUACAGUUAAAGGAGUGAGGAAUGUAUGGUUCAAAUUCAUAAUAGAUUCUUUAUUUAAAAAAAAAACUGCAAAUGGACACAAUCGCACUGCAAAUUAGUCUUGUCUCGUUGAGGCUGCGGUCGAGGAGUCGAAGCAAACCAAAUGGAACGCAACCCCAUUCUUACAAAACAAUGACGUCAUCGACUCCCUCAAUCGCUUGCGUAAAGUCAAACCAGCUCACGCGGCAUCAUCGUGUACGGUACGGUGCAAAUUGCAAUUUCUGCAGUGUGUUUCUUUCACUCUCGCCGUUUAUGAAGCAUUGUGUCACGAGGAACUCGUUUUUCUCCUUCCUGACCAAAUCUUUCGCUAGCAUGUCUGACAAAAAGCGAAAAGCAACCUCUGCUGCUGCUGCUGCUGCUGCUGUUGUUGCUGAGCCCAGUGCCAAGCAGCAGAAGUUGAAUUCCACCAAGAAGGAGAAAGCAGCAGGCUGGCUGCAAGAUGUUGUCAAACAACACAGGUCCGACAAUAAAGACAUGAAAGUCAACAAGAAGCGUGUUCGAUUCAUAUCAGAGACGCAACAGACAAAGCAGGACUCGCAGGGGGUCCUCUACUGGAUGCUGAGGGACCACAGAGUACAAGAUAACUGGGCAUUAAUCCACGCCCAACGCCUUGCAUCGAAGAAUAACCUGCCUCUUCACGUCUGCUUCUGCUUGUUUGUCCCCAAAUCCGAGCUGUCCACCCUCCGACAUUACAGCUUCAUGCUGAAAGGUCUGGAAGAAGUUGAAAAGGAAUGCAAAUCUUUAGACAUCCAGUUCCAUUUGCUGCACGGCUGUGCAGGCAAAGUGCUGCCCGGCUUUGUAUCCGACCGCGGCUUCGGGGCGGUCGUGACGGACUUCUUGCCCCUCAGGGAGCCUCUGAAGUGGUUGGACGAUGUGAAAAAAAGUCUUCCAGAUGACGUUCCACUCAUCCAGGUUGAUGCCCACAACGUUGUUCCAUGCUGGGUUGCAUCUCCUAAACUGGAAUAUGCCGCAAGGACAAUCCGGGGAAAAAUUACAAAACUUUUACCAGAAUUCCUCACUGAUUUUCCUGUGGUUGAGAAGCACCCCUACACAGCGAAAAAGAAAGCCAACGCAGUAGAGUGGGUCAAAACCCUGGCCUCCCUGCAGGUUGACCGAACCGUGGCCGAGCCUGAGUGGGCCCAGCCGGGCACCAUGUCGGGAAUGGCCAUGUUGGAAUCUUUCAUCGAUGUUCGCCUAAAACUGUUUGGCACUCAACGUAAUGACCCCAAUGCCGCCGCGCUCAGCCAACUCUCCCCUUGGAUUCGCUUUGGACACCUGUCCGCCCAGCGCGUGGCCCUGCAAGUCCAGCACGGGGGGAAGAACGCCAGUCAGUCGGUAGCCCCCUUCAUCGAAGAGCUGGUGGUGCGCAGAGAGCUGACGGACAACUUCUGCUUUUACAACGACAAAUACGACAGCGUGGAGGGCGCUUAUGAAUGGGCUCAAAAGACCUUGAAAGAGCAUGCCAAGGACAAAAGACCUUAUCUGUACACCCGAGAGCAACUGGAGAAAGCAAAGACGCAUGAUAAGCUCUGGAAUGCGGCUCAGUAUCAGAUGGUCUCCGAGGGCAAGAUGCAUGGCUUCCUCAGGAUGUAUUGGGCCAAGAAGAUUCUCGAGUGGACUUCUUCACCAGAGGAGGCGCUCUCCAUCGCUCUCUACCUCAACGAUCGCUACGAGCUGGAUGGCCAAGACCCGAACGGAUUUGUGGGUUGUAUGUGGUCUAUUUGUGGCAUCCACGACCAAGGAUGGGCAGAGAGAGCUGUUUUCGGAAAGAUCCGUUACAUGAACUACAAGGGUUGCCUUCGUAAGUUUGAUGUUCCCAAGUUUGAGAAAAAAUACUGUCCCAAAGGUAUUUGAGAGCCCUCGAAAGCUUGUAGAAACCUGCAGAAGGCUUAUUUGAAGCUGCGUGUUCGCCGUUUGUUGGUGAUUACUGAGUUGUGAAAUGCAGCUGAAAACUGUUGGUGCUGUUGUUUCAUACAAAUUUUCAUUUACUAUAACUGGAGUAUAUAUAUUUACUUUGUGUUUACAUAAAAAAACUUUGUAUUUUGAGAGCAAUAUACAUACAGUCCUUAAUGUUCAUUUCUUAGCAGAAACUUUUUUUUAUUACCAGUGCUUAAAUGUUGGGUGGUGGUCUAAUAAAUUUCUUCAGGAGUGUGUA